AUGCCACAAGUACAGUCGUGGUUUCCUGUUCAGAAACAACCGACGCUAGCGGUAACAUUUACACCAUUACCACAACUGUCCCAUGCUCAUCUACCACUGCCACCAUCACAUCUUGUGACGAAAACGGAUGCCAUGUUCCAGCACCAACUGCUACCGACGCAACUGCAACCGUUUCCUCCAAGUCAUACACCACUGUUACUGUUACUCACUGUGACAACAAUGGCUGUAACACCAAGACUGUCACUUCUGAAUGUUCUAAAGAAACUGCAGCAACCACCAUUUCUCCAAAAUCAUACACUACUGUUACCGUUACUCACUGUGACGACAACGGCUGUAACACCAAGACUGUCACUUCCGAGGCUUCCAAACAAACAUCAUUGGCCACUAGCACAGUCACCAAGUCUGCUGCUCCAACUUCUCAUACUGCUGCUUCCAGCACCUUCACUGGUAUUGUCGUUCAAUCCGAAGGUAUGGCUGCUGGUUUGA